GAAUUUCAAAAGCCCUAAUUCCAAAAUUCCCAGUUCUCAAGGUUUUUAAAAGAGUAGUAUUGCAAAGAUGUCUUCUGAUUCGUCCCGGGAAGAGAAUGUGUACUUGGCCAAGUUAGCCGAGCAAGCUGAGCGUUACGAGGAAAUGGUUGAGUUCAUGGAGAAAGUUGCUAAGACCGUGGACACUGAGGAACUUACUGUUGAAGAGAGAAAUCUCUUGUCUGUUGCGUAUAAGAACGUGAUUGGUGCUAGGAGGGCUUCGUGGAGGAUUAUCUCUUCCAUUGAGCAGAAAGAAGAUAGCAGGGGUAACAGUGAUCACGUUUCGAUUAUCAAGGAUUACAGAGGCAAGAUUGAAACUGAGCUCAGCAAGAUUUGCGAUGGCAUUUUGAACCUUCUCGAGGCUCAUCUCAUUCCUGCUGCUUCUUUGGCUGAGUCCAAAGUUUUUUACCUCAAGAUGAAGGGAGAUUAUCAUCGGUACCUUGCUGAAUUCAAGACUGGUGCGGAGAGGAAAGAAGCUGCUGAGAGUACUCUUGUGGCCUACAAGUCUGCUCAGGAUAUUGCUCUUGCUGAUUUGGCUCCCACUCACCCGAUCAGACUGGGGCUUGCUCUUAACUUCUCUGUUUUCUACUAUGAGAUUCUCAACUCAUCUGAUCGUGCAUGUAGUCUCGCAAAGCAGGCUUUUGAUGAGGCAAUCUCUGAGCUAGACACAUUGGGAGAGGAAUCAUACAAGGACAGUACAUUGAUCAUGCAGCUUCUCCGCGACAAUCUCACCCUCUGGACUUCUGACCUCAAUGACGAAACUGGUGAUGAUAUCAAGGAAGCCCCCAAAGAGGUGCAGAAAGAUGAGGAACAAGCCCAACCACCACCUUCGCAGUGAUGAAAUCAGGUCCAUGGAAUGAUUUGCAAGAAAAAAUGUAUGGCUUGGUUCUGUGUUUUUAAACAGAAAAAAGAACCUUGUAGUUUUCUUAAACAAGAGUUUGUAGUAGUAAUUGUAGCUGCAGGAUUUGAUUCUAUCCAUGGAUUAAAAGUUAAAAACUCUU